AAGCCAAGCCAAGCCAAGCCAGCAAUAUCCUGUUUGUAUACACGCUUUUCCGACCUUUCUAAACUGCGAAGCUUUUUUCGAGGACGACGAAGACGGGGACGGAGACGACGACUAUUCCUUAGUCUAUACGACAAAGCUACGGGACAUACACUACUUCCCUUUUAGACUGAUCCCAUGUGACUGUUCAGUUGCCGUUGCUCUUGGCCCCACACAUAUGAAGAGCAUCUCCUCGUGUACUUCUUCAUCUUUACAUCGACUAGGAAGUUUGUAAAAAAAAAAAACAAAAAAAAAACAUCAAUAGUACAGUAUAAGCUUUGUGCCAGCAGACAAAGGGUUUGGAAACAUCCAAGCAGAUUACCACAAAUUUACGAAAACAUCUGACGUUCACAAAGAAGGAAGAGGCAGCCACGGCUUUGCGUGUAUAGUCACAGUCGUAUACCCUGGAGCCACUAGAAGCCAUUAUACUGUGCCUUCGUAUAUGAGGACUCAGAAAGCCUGAUCGUCAUCGUAGUAUCACGUGCCAUCAAUGCAACGAUUUCUCCGUCUCAUGUCUUUCCUUGUGAGCGCCACGUUGUGGCUCGCUUCAGUUCUGUUCUUAGUGGCGUUUCUCCUGUGGCUGUACAACAAAAUGAAACACCGCAACUGCGUUUCACGAAGGACCAUGGUUGGAAAGACAGUCAUCAUCACUGGGGGGAACGCAGGUAUUGGGAAAGAAACGGCCAUAGAGUUAGCAACGCGCGGGGCACGGGUGAUCAUCGCUUGCCGAAACAAGUCACGUGGUCAAGAAGCUCUCGACGAGAUCAAGCGUCUCACGGGAGGUGACGUCGUCUUGAAGCUGGUGGACCUUUGCUCCUUUGAAUCCGUCAGGGCUUUCACCAAAGACAUCCUGGAGACUGAACCAAGACUCGACGUUCUCAUCAACAAUGCCGGGAGGGGCAGCGGGGCGAAAGUAGUCAAGACCGACGACGGGUUUGAGGAGACCUUCCAAGCCAAUUAUUUGGGACACUUUCUUCUGACUAAUUCGCUGUUAGGUCUGCUGAAGAAGAGUGCCCCCAGCAGAGUAGUGGUGGUAAGCUCUACGAUGCAUCACUUCGGCUCCAACGCACGCCUCCUGUCGUGCUACAACCGCGACAGCACCGCCGCUAUCAUUACACGGUACACAUACAGCGACACCAAGCUUGCCCAAAUGCACUUCGUGGAAGAGCUUGCCGAAAGGCUAAAAGACACAGGAGUUACCGUGAAUGGUCUGCACCCUGGCUACGUGCAAACGAAUAUUUUCAGAAAAGAACAAUUGUCGGGACUGAUAUUCUACUACGCCUCCUACAUUUUUGCGAAGUCACCUCGGGAAGGUGCGCAGACGACCCUGCAUCUGUCUCUUUCCGACACGGUUGCCGACACAACUGGCAAGUACUUCGCCGAAUGCAGCCAAGCAUCAAGUAGUAAUUCUCUCCGGAACGAAGAAACCCGCAAACGUUUAUGGGAUAUGAGCUGCCACUAUGACAGGACUUUAACCCGCCUGUUUUAUUACAACUGUCAGCUUGGAGGACGCGUCAUUACACGGCCACGUGAUUGGAUCUUCCCAAGAACACGUCUGUCUUUAAGUCUGUUCUUUUCGCACUUCGUUUUCUAUGCGAGAUUCGUGAGACGUGAUCUUUCGAGAAGCCUUCGAUGUCACACUUUGUGUCGAAGAUUCGAUAGGGAAGCAGGCAAGAUGGAGAAACUGCUGGUCAGCAUGGAGCAGCAAACAUGGCUGGACUGGAUGCUAUGCUCGGUGAUAGGGAACGCGUUCUUGAUACUGGCAACGGUCCUGGUGUUGGUCAAGGGAUACCUGAUGCAUUGUAAGGGGGUGUUUCGGUCGGAGCAGUCGAUGGAAGGAAAGACGGUCAUCGUCACCGGAGCCAAUGCAGGAAUUGGAAAGGAGACAGCCAAGGACUUAGCCCGUCGAAGAGCCCGGGUCAUUUUGGCUUGCAGGAACCUGACGCUCGCUCGAGCCGCUGCUCAAGAGAUAUUUCAAGAGACCAAACAGGUGGUGUCAGUGCGACACCUGGACGUGGCCUCGUUCAAGUCCAUCCGAAACUUUGUCCGCGAAAUCAUUCAGACUGAGGAGAGAAUCGAUGUACUCAUCAAUAACGCCGGCAUGGUCUCCCCUGUCAAGGAUCAACUGACCGAGGACGGCUACGAAGUAUGUUUCCAAACAAACUACUUAGGCCCUUUCCUGCUCACUAUGUUGCUCCUCGACCUGCUGAAGAGAGGCUCUCCUAGUCGCAUCAUCAACCUCUCUUCCAUCAUGCACCACUUCGGCAGCGCCAAAGACAUCGAAAAUAAAGCCCGCGGUUGUUACCUCUGGACCCAUCCGCUGCUGGUGUACAGCCACACCAAGAUGGCCAUGAUGCUGUUCACCAGGGAACUGGCAAAGAGGCUUAAGGACCACGGUGUGACCGCAAAUGCGGUGCAUCCAGGACUGGUGCAAACAACAAUUGCUACCAACGGCGAUCCUUUCACAUUCCUUCUCUCCAUCUUCUCAUUCGGUAUCUUUGGCAAGACACCUCGAGAAGGCGCACAGACAUCGAUCUACGCCGCCGUGGCUCCGGAGCUCAAGGGCGUUACAGGAAAGUAUUUCCUGGACUGUACAGAGGGUUACAUCAGCUGGUGGGCCCAGGACGACGCGCAAGCGAAGACCUUGUUCGAAGCUACGAAAAAACUCGUCCAGCUCAACGAGUAGAAGAAGUUGUUUUGUGUGAGCGAAAUGCGGUGCCGCAGGACAACCAUCGCUGGCGCACGGUGAACGCAAAUACCGUUCACAUGAAAGUGUGAACAGCAUUGCUGUGGUGCGGACUUUCAAUCAGAGUGCGAGCAUGACACUGCUAAGAACUUCUUUGCCUUCCCAGCUAGGCUACGCAGUCGCGCUGUAGGUGUUUAUUCGGAUGGCGUCACGCGCGAGGGAGCGCCACUGUAGCUAGCGUAUUUGCCGCCAUGAUUUGUAGUUUCUCACUCUCCAGGCCUUUACCCUCAUUGUAAUUACCAUGCAUUUGGUGUCUUCAAGUUGCUGUGCCGAGGGGCACUAAAGUGUUAAAAUUUCUCCCCGCGGCAUGGAGGACGCCGUUACCUUGACAUUAACACAAAAGGAACGGGAUUCGUCCUUUGCGUUGUUCGUGAUCCAUGAGCGAAAGUAACAGUGAAUGUACGCUUUCGCUCUCCCCCGUCUUCUCAAGAAGUGCGACGAUGAAGAGAGGCAUCCCAUUGGUGUCCUCAAACAGUCUGCCACGACGAUUGGACAAAUCGUUGACCAAUGAGAGCCCGCUCCCUUUCCUUUUUUUUUUUUCGCUCAUAAAUUACGAUCGACGCAACCGAUGAAUCUCUUUCGUUUUGUGUUAAUGUCAAGGUAACGGCAUCCUUCAUUCCGCGAGGGAGAAAUUUUUGCACUUUAGCGCCCCUUUAAUAGCAUUCUAAAUAACGUAUCGCAGCGAAUAGGAACCGAGACCAAGCUUCGCUAGACAUAAACCAUGGCGGCGGUCUCACCUUUUUCUAAUCCGAUGCCUUCUGAAAGGGUGACGUCAGUGAAUAGGCUUUAUACGCAGUACAACCGCAGACGGAACGAAUGUAAUAUUGUACCGUUUUCUCUUUUUUUCUUUUUUUUUUUCCCUUUGCUCCAAGAUGACCGUAACUAUGCAUGGACGCCGACUGUGGAAGACUCCUUCGACAUGGAUCAUAGAUUUCUUUCAACUGAUUGUACUUCUAAACGUUUUAGAUCUCAGCGCGAAUAUAAAGCGCCCAAUUUUGCUCUACAUCCUGUUAUUCACUCGUUUCGAGGACUGCUCAUUGUGUUGUUUUUUUGGUUGGAUGAAAAAAAGGAGAAAAUAAAUUAAAAAUCCUUAU